AUGCUUCAGGGCACAGUUGAUGCUGUGCCCUCGUUUCCAAGGCUCCUGCUCUUGGUACCUGUUCCAGUGGGCCUGCAGCACGUGGCGCUGGAAAUGAUGGAAGCAGCUACACAGGGUUUAAAAGCAUCACAACCCAGCUCUGCCCACCCUAAGGUCAUUCAGAUCGCAUCAUUCCAUGACUUGCUUUUUCAGCCCCAGAUUGUUUGUGAAAUGCCUCCAAGUCGAUGUCCGUGGUCUGGCCCAUUCGAUCUGCUACUAUACACCCCAUGGAUUUCAGCCCGGCUCCUGUGGGUGGACAUCUAUGUCGUCCUCUGGACAAGCAGUGCUGCAAGCACUGUCCCCACCCACGGCUGCGUGAGCACCCGAGACAAUGGCCCACAGGAAGGAUAUCGACUCAGAAAACUGAUGUCCCGUCCCAUGGUGACAGCGCUCCCCUUUCAUGCACACAGCCAGGUGCUGGGAGAGCGCGGAGCAGAGUCCUUGCUGCGGCAUCCUGUGCAGACGAGCUGGGUACCGGCCACCUGUCACCGCCUCCUGGCGGGAGAAGACACACAGAGCAAUGCCGGGCUGGAGAGCUCGGCCCUGGAGGAGAGGAGGGCAGAGGAGGUGACUUUGGGAGAACAGGUGACAGGGCAGGGGCCGCCCCGCCCCUGA